GCAGAGAGAGAACAUGGCGGCGGUGCGAGCGGAGGAGGAGCUCAGGCCCGGGGCCUGCGAGCCGGGGACCGAGCGGGGAGCCAGAGCCAGAGCCGGGGCCGGGGCCGGGGCCGGGACAGGCGCCCCGAGGGGUCACCGGCCACACACCUGGAAACAGAGCCUGGAGAUGCUGCUUGGGGACCCUACUGAUGAAGUAAUUAAGCAUUUUAUGCGACUUAUUCUAGAAGACAAUUACGAAGCCCAAUCAGAACUUCAUAAUAUUAUGUUGGAUGUGUUUGAUAAACUUGGUCUCAGCAGAGCGGAGGGCUGCUGUCCAGUUGCAUAUUUGUUCUUGCAGCGGUUUGCUGAACUUGCCUGGUCUGAGUUGGUGGAUGAGUGCUUUGCAGAAGGCAGCAUGAAGUUGAUCCAUUCCCAUUCCACCUUUUUUCAAGCUUUAGGCUUUUUGCGUCGAAUAUCUUCGUAUAUGCCUUGCGCCAGACGUAUGUGGGACAAGCGAUACAGAAUCAUUACGAACAUUGGGAUCAUGAUGGUCUUCGAUGGUGAGAUCACUCACUUGCGAUUCUUCAUUUGGCAGGAAUGCCUGAAGAUUCUUUAUAACUGUCUUGCUUUGUGCACUGAAGAUGACAUGAGUUAUGUUUGCCAACUGCAGAUCUUCAACUGCCUGGAAGUAGCUUGGAAAAUAUCUGAUAACGGAUUGAACCUUGGAUUACUUGUAAAGGCCUGGUUGGUCCUAGCAGAGCAUUACCACAGGGUCCCGAUUUGCAAACAAACCUGGGAUAGGUGUUCCUUCCCUCAGAUAAUCCGGUAUUUAGCUCAAGAAGACGAAUAUGAAAUGGAAUGUGUUCUUUAUGCCAGAAAAGCCAUCAUGGCUGUAGACCACCCAGAAGAAUACAAGAAAAAUCCAUUUUCACAUUAUAAACCCAAAAGCAGAUACAUCGCCUCAAUUUCCGAUGACGAAAAUGACCCAGAGGACAUCUUUCCAGUUAUAUGUUCUUCCCCCACCUGCAACGAAAUGGAAGAUAGCGACUUUCAUUUUCGAUCUUGUGAACGCUGUCGGCUUACGAUUUACUGUAGCCGAGCCUGCCAGAAAUACCACUGGAAACACGGUCACAAGAUGCAAUGUGUUCCCCUCGUGUCAAAGGAAGAGAUCCUCCAGUACUACAGCGAAGAUGUGAUCAAUGACUUCCAGCUGUACUGUAUAAGCCUGUCAAAUAACAAGAUGCUGGAAAGUAUUAUGGGGCAGAGCAUUCCCAAACGAAAGAAAGGAGACGGAAUCCGCUGUGUGGGGGUUCUUAUUAAAAAUGACCAGGGUCAGUGGGUUACCAUCGAUGAGGAAUUCAAGGGAUCGAGAAGGUCUGGAGCACUUACCAGAAGGAAUAGGCACAGAGACUGAUUUAAUUUUUUUUUACUAUUUUCCACCCCAAAGUGAUUCCUUAAUUAUCAUAUGUAAAUUAUGUACCAAAUUGGAAUUCACUUAAUCGACAGACUUUUGCAGUUUGCUGAAGUGUUCUCUUUGGACCUUAGGGAAAAAAAAAUUGUAUUUUUGAAUUAGAAAUCAAUGUUUCCGUAAACAGAAUAAGGUUGACCACGCCGUCCGGCAUGGAGGGCACUAUAUAAAUCCAAGUUGCUUUUGUUGUUGUUGACUAUCAUUUUGUGCUACAAAUUAGUAAUUGGUUCCUGAAUAUCCUCCCUCUUUUCACCGUCAUGUCUUAUCACUGUUAUUUCAGGUUAGUUGAAGUUUUCCCCAUAAAAUAUACAGUGUAUUCAGUGAAGCACUUUGAGGGGUAUCAAUGACGUAAUAAGGCGCUAUAUCAAAUGGAAGUAUUGUAAAUUUCACCAAGAUCUGUGUUAUUUACGAUCCACAAUUUAGAGCAGUUCAGCAUUUCAUUACAUAAAUGGUGUUGUAAAGAUUCAUUGUACAGGCUUUAUCAAUCUCCAGGUCACAUUUAUUGAUGAGGUGCCGAAAAACAUUGCUUUGAAUGGAACUAUCGUGCCUUUUAGCAUAUUUUCAAAACAUGUAGAUGAAAGCUGUAGUUACUGGAAUGAUGUUUGUAUUCAUAAAUAUACGUAAUAAAAA